GACUGUCUUUACUGGCCUGAGAGUAGCAGUGAGUUUAUUGGAGCUGAUGUCAGUUGUUUUCCUGGGUUGGUCUGUGGCUGGUCUGUAUAAAAACAUUAAAUCUACAGAGGCACUGACUGGUGCCGGUGUUAGUGCUGAAGUUUCAUCGAUGAAAUGCACCCUCUGGACCACCCCUUGUUUACCCGUAUUCUCAGUGUAUGGAGACUUUGUCAUUGGAGCUGUUUUCUCCAUUCAUGUUAAACUGCUCACWGUGAAUAAUAAUUACACCAUCAAGCCUGAGCCUCUAAGAUGCACAGGGAGUCUUCUUGCCCCACAAUUUCAUUUUGCUCGAACAAUGAUCUUUGCCCUUGAGGAAAUAAAUAACAGCACAGAGCUGCUGCCAGGCAUCAAACUUGGAUAUCAGAUCUAUGAUUCCUGUGCUUCAGUGUCUGUGGCCACCCAUAUAGCGUUUCAUCAAUCGAAUGGUCAAGAUCCUGUGUUUUACAAGGGCAGCAAUUGUUCCCAAAAUGGUGUUGUGAUGGCUGUUGUUGGAGAAUCUGGAUCAACUCCAUCCAUCAGCAUGUCACGAAUUUUUGGACCCUUUCAUAUUCCUCAGGUGAGCCACUCUGCAUCUUGUGCCUGUCUGUCAGAUAAGCAGCAGUUCCCAUCGUUCUUCAGAACAAUUCCCAGUGAUCAGUUCCAGGCUGAUGCUCUGGCCAAGCUGGUGAAAAACUUUGGGUGGACUUGGAUCGGUGCUGUUCGGUCUAACUCAGAUUAUGGAAACUAUGGCAUGGCAUCUUUUCUUGCAGCAGCACAGAGAGAGGGGAUCUGUGUGGAGUACUCUGAAUCCAUUUACUGGACUGACCCUCACAGCAAGAUCCAGAGAGUAGCUGAUGUUAUUCGCAGGUCAACAUCAGUGGUUGUUGUGGCAUUUGCAGAUGGUCCAGAUAUGAGGAUCCUGUUGAGCGAACUGGCUCGGGAUCCUCCUCCACCUCGUCAGUGGAUCGGAAGUGAAGGCUGGAUACCUGACCCAUAUUUUACUAGUUUCAGUUUCUGUGAAGGAGCCAUCGGAGUUGCCCUUCCACAAUCUGUCAUCCCAGGUCUGAGAGACUUCCUGCUGGGUCUCUCUCCCAGAGAAGUAGCUGCCUCCUCAGUGCUUACUGAGUUCUGGGAGGAUGCAUUCAAUUGCACACUGAGUUAUAAUAAUUUAGGAAGGCAAGUGUGUAAUGGAACUGAAGAUCUAAAGACUCUCCAAAACACAUACACCAAGAUAUCUCAGCUAAGAAUGACUAACAUGGUGUACAAGGCUGUUUAUGCAGUAGCUCAUGCCAUUCACAAUGCAGUGUGUCAGAAAACUAAUUUUACCACUUGGUGUGACAAAAAAUUUAUACUGGAAUCAAAACAGGUUUUAUCUGAAWUGAAAAAAGUAAAUUUUUUGCAAAAUGGUUUUCCUGUGUCAUUUGAUGCUAAUGGAGAUCCCAUGGCUUUUUAUGAGCUGGUCAACUGGCAGAAGAGUGAAAGUGGAGUUAUGGAGUUGAUAGCUGUAGGAUACUAUGAUGCAUCACUGUCAAAAGGCCAAGAGUUUUGGAUCAACAGGAACAUAACCUGGAUGGAGGGUAGAACAAUGGUAAAAAGCCUAUGGACAAAGGUUGUAUGAUAAAGYUUUAUGAAUCUGCUUAAUGUAAAAAAAUAUUUUUGUUUCACUAUAAUAGGUACCAGUGUCAGUGUGCUCUGGGAAUUGUUCCCCAGGAACUCGUAAAGUGUUGCAAAAAGGAAAACCCAUCUGCUGCUAUGAUUGUAUAC